AUGCUUGAUACGGCACAUGUUGGCGUAGAUAUAUUUGUUAAUCCACGAUCCGAGAAAAAGAAUGAAGGAGAUUCGGUCACAUUUACAUGUGAAGUGGAAGGCAAACCUGCUCCCAUAGUAACCUGGCUUAUAAACGACAACCCAUUGACUCUAGAGACGAGUAGGAUGAACGUCAGUCCUCAACCCACUACACACGACAAGACGGUUGUUAAUCUGACGAUCAAUGGCUUGAAGAGAACAGAUAAGGGUAGUUACAGAUGUAACGUGAAAAACAGUUAUGGUGAAAAGAAUUCAACUGCUGCAGCAUUGACUGUCAAUUAUCCAGCAGAGAACACAACACUUGUAAUAAUAGAGCCAUYGAGUAGAGGAAUUGUGAACAUCGGUGAAAAACUUGUCUUGCAAUGCAGUGGAGGCGGGAAACCAAAACCUAACUUUGAAUGGAAGAGAAAUAACCUGRAUAUAACUAGUGAUUUGAGUGGAGACAAGACAAGACUGACUGUGAAGAAAGUACAAAGACAAAACGGUGGAAAUUACACGUGUUCUGGCAACAAUGGUAUUAAGGGCAGCAGUAUUAGCUCCAAGGUCGAAGUAACUGUUAAUGAUACUAAAGUGAUUUUAAAUACCCCUUCGGUAAAUAAAGAUAAUAAUCAGAUUGUCAUUCCUGUUCAUGACGUUACCUACACUAGCAAAGGGAAAAAAAUCUGUUAUUAUUUUAUCAUCGCGUAUAAAGGGGAUGGUCAAAGCCAGUACCCUGACACUAAUUUGAUAAGCAACGACAACGAGGAUAUGUACAUAACAGGCAAGAUUGGUGUGGGAAAAAUGAAGGACUUCACAGCAGGCGACGGCAAGAAAUACCCUAUACCUGGGUUCACGAACAAGUGUGAAAAGAACACGAGAAGAAAGAGACGAAAAAUUGAACCCGACGCAGAAUCAUUCAAUAACAAGAAACUCGAGUCAGAGACUAAGUACUCGUUCUUUCAGCGAUCAAUCGCGGAAGAUGGUUCGACAGAAUCCUACGCGUGGACACCAGCUGUAACGACUCCGGAAAAACCAGGACCACCGAUUGGAGCAAUUGUUGGUUCUAUUGUGGCAAUUAUUUUAUUAGCAUUAAUCUUGUUUCUUUUCAUAUGGUUCAAAAAAAGACGAAAAGCAGAGGAACAGGGAGAUGACAUUGGAUUAAGAGAACACAGAUCACGCAGCCGAUUAAGUAGCAUUGCACAACGUCUCUCUCGUAAAGAUCACUUCGCUGCUCACGAGCAAUACGAGCCUGGUGAAGUACAUACUGCAGCAGAGUUUGAAAGGCACGUUCGUCGAUUACACGCCAACAGUGAUCUACUGUUCUCUCAAGAGUACGCAACUGUCAAGUCACCUGAUACAGUGACGUCAAAUGCAUCUAUAGAUCCAAACAAUAGGUUUAAAAACCGAUACAAUAACAUAACAGCUUUCGACCACACCCGUGUUCUUUUAAGUACAAUAGAUGGCGAUCCAUCCUCUUCGUACAUCAAUGCAAACUACCUGGAUGGAUUCAAUAAGAAGAAGGAGUAUAUAGCAAGUCAAGGGCCACUACCUGACACUUGUGAUGACUUCUGGAGAAUGAUCUGGGAAAGAGGAUCUAGACUGAUAGUAAUGGUUACGAACUGUGAAGAAAAAGGGCGAGUCAAGUGUCAUCAGUAUUGGCCUUCAUCAGGCUCUUCACUCUAUGGUAAUCUUGAAGUAAUCAAUAUGAGUACAGUAGAACUGAGUGACUACACAAUCAGAUCGUUUGCACUCAAGAUGCAGAAUUCCCCCGAAGAACGUAUGGUUACACAGUAUCACUACACAGCCUGGCCUGACCAUGGCGUGCCUAGCAGCGUCACGUCAGUAUUGAACUUUGUACGCAGAGCAAGUGCUGCUAAUCCACCUGACGCUGGACCAAUGGUUGUUCAUUGUAGUGCUGGUGUGGGCCGAACAGGUACGUUCUUAGUUAUUGAUGCACAGCUGAAGAGAAUCCAACAACAGAACACGGUGGACGUAUACAACUAUGUAAUGUUACUGCGAUCUCAACGCAACCUGAUGGUUCAAGUAGAAGACCAAUAUAUUCUGAUACACGAUGCGUUAGUAGAAGCCAUAGCAUGCGGCAACACAGAGAUACAAGCACGUGAUCUAAGGAAAGAGAUAAAGAACCUCUUGGAACAAAACCUUGAAACAGGUCAAACAGAGAUGGAGGCUCAGUUCCAGAGAUUAUCUCGUAACAAGGCGCCUCCUUCUAAGUUCCAAGCAGCAAAUCUACCAGUGAACAAACACAAGAACCGUUACGCCAAUGUGUUACCAUAUGAUGACACACGUGUCAAAUUAUCUAUCCAACCAGGGGUUGAUGGCUCGGAUUACAUCAAUGCCAACUAUAUUGGCGGUUACAUGUCCAAAAGAGCUUUCAUUGCUACCCAGGCCCCUAUUCCUGACACCAUCCCAGAUUUUUGGAGAAUGAUCUGGGAACAAGAAUGUCAUGCUAUCGUCAUGUUAUCACAAGAAAUGGAGAGCGGAAAGGUUAAGGUACAUCGCUACUGGCCUGGUAAUGCUCCAACAGCCAUAGCAAACCUCGUAGUCGAGAUGACACAAGAAAAGAACUUUGAGGACUAUAUUAUGAGAGAAUUCAAAGUCACCAAUACAGGGGAAAGUGCGUCUAGAGUCGUCAGACAGUACCACUUUACUGCAUGGCCUGAUGUUGGUUCUCCUGAUUCAAGUGCUGGACUCACUGAUCUUAUUGGACAAGUACAAAGAUGGCAACAAAGAUGUGGAAACACCUUGGUGACGGUUCACUGCAGUGCUGGUGUUGGUCGUACUGGCGUGUUCUGUGCUGUCAGUUCUCUGAUAGAAAGGCUCAAGGCUGAGGCAGUUGUAGACGUCUUUCAGACUGUCAAACAACUGAGAGAACAAAGACCAGCGAUGGUACAAACCAAGGAACAAUACGAAUUCUGCUAUCAAACACUGGGAGAGUAUUUGGAUUCAUUCGAUCCUUACAAUAACUUUGACUAAACAUUCAAGCGGCUUUGUAUUCUUCACCUUCACUAUUCGUUCACUUUUCAUUUUAUAAAACGAGUGAAGCGAAAGAAGAUAACAAAUACUCAUAACUUCACCCUCAUUCCAAAUUUUUUCGCUUUACAUCCUGGUCAUCCUUUUCGUACCGGGUUGCGGAGAAAGUCUCACAGAUUUAUACUUUGAGAUACCUCCUAUAGCUAGACAUUGAUUCAGUUAGUUGGCUAGAUCCCAGGUCUAGACUGACUACAGACGAUUGUAUACUCUAUAUCCACAAGUUAUGCCAACUGAAAUAUAUGCAGAAUCUAUUUUGUAUAGUUUUGACACAGCCAAUUUCUAUAGUAAAGAUAUUGUUUUAUAUAAUUUACCAAUUACAACAGCUAAAUAUCUGCUAAAUAUACACUAGGACAAAAACGAAUUGUAGAUAGAUUCAGAGGUCAUUAAGUAAUAAUAAAACAAAACUUAUAAUACUAUUAUUGCACGUAAAACUAGAUAAAAAAAAGCUUAUAACGAGGAUAUCUUACAAAUGUAAAAGAUAUAUCAUGUAAUUUAAAUCACACUUUUGAUAAAUGAUCGCGAUGCCGCAAUAGUCAAGUACAAUAGUUCAGUAAGAAUGCUAUGACUCUAAAGGUCUGUAGUGCUAUAUAUACAUAUAUAUAUAUUUCACUUUUCUAUAUCUUUUGAUAAAAGCUUUUUCUAGAAAUAAACAUAAACAGAGAAAGGAAUAGACCAAUAAAAUAAUGAUGUUUCGUAC